CGCCUCCCGCCCCGCCGCUGUGUCGGCCCGCCCUGAAGCGGAGCGUCUGCCCCCGCCUCGCCGCACUGGUACUGCCCGGGCAGGCGUUACGGGAGCGCGGAGGAGUUGUUGGGGUUCGUCAUUUUGCAGAGGUGUGAAACUGUUUGUUUUUUUUUUUAACGUUACAGCUACACUGCAAGAAUGAUCAUCCCAGUCAGAUGUUUCACAUGCGGAAAAAUAGUUGGAAACAAGUGGGAAGCCUAUCUUGGCCUUCUGCAAGCAGAGUAUACAGAAGGAGAUGCCCUGGAUGCCCUUGGUUUGAAGAGAUACUGCUGCCGCAGAAUGCUCCUGGCCCAUGUGGAUCUGAUUGAGAAGCUUUUGAAUUAUGCACCCCUGGAGAAAUGAGAUAGAUGAACAAAGCACCACACUGCAAACUACAUGGAAUUGAUCGCUAAUGCUGAACUUGAAAGUGGACUUCAGGUAGUAAAAGAUGAAAGCCACCUGUAAUGUAGCCAUUGAGAGAUGUUCACCUUCUGGAGAAAAUACUGCCCCAACACACUAACCUCUUUCAAGGAAACAAAGGAAAGAUGAAGUCCAUUUGACCAAGAUUUGGAGAUGAAGUUAAAUGUUUGGAUGCUUCUUUUUUUUAAACCUGUGUUUGGAGUUGUUUUUGAACUUUUAGAUGCAGCUGCCAGCAAAAAGAAUUGUUUAUUCGUAUAGAGAGAUUACUAUAUUUCAUUAAAAUGUUAAAGGAGGUCCUCCCCUGUAGACUUCCUACAGUUUCUGGA